AUGACCAUGCCGAAGGAGAAAGAGGGAUUUCCCUGCGACUUCUGCAGCAAGAUGUUCACGACGAGGUGCAAUCUCGAGAACCACUUGCGGAUACACACGGGCGAGAAGCCUUACGCAUGCGCAGUGUGCAACAAACGCUUCACGCAGAAGGGAAACAUGAAGUCCCACAUGGUCGUACACCUGAGUGUCCAGGCGAAACAGAACGCCUCUCAGACGGUAGUUGGCGCCAUUGAGAAUCCAUUUGAGUGCCACAUAUCUGAUUACCAACUGACUUGCCCGGUAUGUUGGAAAACAUUCCACUACGCCUCUGUGUACGAGAGACAUAUGCAGGUCCACACGAACGAACGGCCACAUCGAUGUCCGGUGUGCAAUAAGACUUUCAAACGACCGUUCCAUCUGAAAACUCACAUGGUCACACAUGUUAUUAUGUUGUUAGUUACUAUAUUGACAGUAAUGUUUAGUUUUCUAUUUUCAGAGCCGAGUGGAUUGCAGUGUAUGUUUUGUGGGAAGACGUUUAUGUUUGCGUCAUAUCUGGAACGACAUAUCGUCAUCCACACGGGAGAAAAACCGCACAAGUGUACUGUGUGCGGGAAAGGUUUCAACCGGAAGGGAAACCUAACCGCCCACAUGGUUACUCAUGUCGACACAAGUAGUAUCACAGAUAAGUUUACCGCAUAGAAACGUGGAAAAUACCGUAUCACAAAUAAGUAUAACGCAUAGAAACGUGGAAAAUACCGCAUCACACAUACGUUUAACGCAUAGAAACAUGGAAAAUACCGCACAACAAAUAAGUUAGCCUCUUAGAAACAUGGAAAAUACCGCAUCACGAGUAGUUAAACGGAUAGAAACAUGGAUAGAAAAAGUGUUCGAUCGGUUUAAUGGAACAUAAAUGAAGUCUGACAGCCGGUAUGGUAACACGUGGACAGGGAGUAGUGUUAAUGAUAACGUAAAGCACAGUCGUUGGACAAGGAUGGCUCGUGUAUCAAACAUACUAACACAGACUAAUAUUUUUUUAAAGUGAUCCAUAAAAUAGAGGAGAAGGCGAUCUUCACAACCCGAAUGGUAGUUCAUCUGGAUACGAAUGAUACAUUUAUACGAGAAAUUGAUCAUACUGUGUGAUAACUAGGAAACAAGAUCAGGACGUUAACGUCAAAGCGCGAAUUGUUUAGUUGAGCAUAGAUACUAGUGAUACCGUUUAAUUUUAUCCAUGUACUAUUUAGACAUUGAGUUUAAGCAGCUGAAAUAGUAGUAGUUCUUCACAAAACGUGAUAUUUGUUAACGUUUAAUGUAACACACCUACCUACUAGUGAUCUUUUUGAAUGACAUCAAUUCGGUUUCAGAGAAUGGUCAUUAAAGCAGCCCACAUAGUUACACACAUGGGCUCAAUUUUAUUGUGUAGCUGUAUCCGUAUUAAGAAAAGACGAACCAAACGUGGAUGCUUUCGAUAUUUUGUGGUUAUAUUACCUUUUUUUAGCGACGAGGUGACAAGGGAUGAAAGUUAUCCUUCCGUCACGCAUAGUCGUACAAUUACUAGUAGUAACGAUAUGGGGUAAUUUAUUUCUAGCAUGCGAUUUUGAAAUCAAAUUAAACUCUAAAGCAAUGUUGUGUAGCUGGAGCGAAAACCCAUGGCUUUAUGAUCAAGUCAUUAUCAUAUCCUUUAUAAUUCCUUUAAAAAUAUCUUUUUUUUUCCAAAAUAAGUUGAUACCAUAAAUAAUUUAAAACAUACCGAACUUAAAAAAAAGUUUAUGAUUUGAACUCUCAUUUUCCGAUUUUAAUUGACGACUGGGUGACGUAUGCGACCAGUUAAAAUGCGUAAUUUAAAUAAUAUCAAGCCUCUUAAUAUUUUCUUGACCCAUUGGUUGCAAUUUGAUGAAAGCUUUUUGUAGUUACACACUUGCAUGUUCUUACUAUGUGUAUAGUCAUGUAUUCAGAGCUGUUUAAUAAAACAAAUGUUGUUAUAAUGGCUACAGCAGUGUGGCAUGGUAGGCACUUGCUCAGCUUUGUCUUUAACGCAUUAAUGCCUAGUGGACUCUCCCAUCCUUCUCAAUUGGAUCAAUUUAUUUCCAAAAUUAGAGAUGUCUAGUAUAUUUAUAUAUUACGUACGGACAUUCAUUUAAGCAAACAGCGCAGACCCUGAUGAGACGCCGCAUUAUGCGGCGUCUCAUCUGGGUCUACGCUGUUUGCCAAGGCCUUUUUUCUAGACGCUAGGCGUAAAUGGGUUAAUACAAGGUACGAGUCGUAGAAGCGUCCGUAUACUGUACUCUAGUUACAGACUUAACCAGAGCCUCGUAAGGACUUGUCAGACAUAUAGUUUGAUUAGGUUAGAAUAUUAUCAGGCAUUUAUUAAAUAUGUCAGACACGCAUGUACACGUGAAUUGUUUUCAUGUGUCUGACAGAACCCAAACGUUUGUUACACAUGACCGUUUUUUUUAAUUUGUCUGACUGUCGGUUGUCGCAGAGACUGCAUUAACAUCAAAUCAGAAUUUUAAACCAAAAUGUCAUAGGAAUCGUGGAAGUUUUCAGCGGUAACAUAAUUUAUAAUAAUUAUGAAUUAACAUUUUUUUCAAAUUAUAACUUUAAGAUGAUGGUGGAAGCGUCAAACAGAGAAAGAAAACGACCGUUACGAGGGGCGCCAGCAAAGUGUGCACAGUUUGCAACAGGGCCUGCCAAUCGUCUACUGCUCUGGUGAUCCACAUGCGCACGCAUACCGGGGAGCGACCAUACGCGUGCGAAACCUGUGGGCGGAGAUUCACUCAGAGAGCGCAUCUCGUCGGCCAUAAGAUAACUCACAUGAACAAACCUUUUUGAAAAUAACAUCGGUUAACAGGGCAUCAGAUUGACCCCACCAAUACACAUUGCAAGAACAACCGAACAUAUGUAAUAUAAUAUAUCGUACCUGGGACAUUGCUUAACAUUCAAUGGUUUAUAUUUUAAGAUUAGUUGGAAACUUGGUUAAUAAACUUUAUGAUUUGUAUUUCAAAUUAAAAUUUCGCGAAAUAGUCUUAAUCAACGGUAAUCAGGACAGGCGUGUUUAAAAUGCUGUCCGGCAAAAAAAAAUAAUUGCCGGACCGAACGGACAUGAGCAUUUAAAACGUUUAUCAAUUUUUUCUCCUGCAAAGUGUAAGAAAACAACAUACCUCAUCUUCCAGAGUGUAAAAAAUGUAAAUAAUCAUUUUGGAUUUUUCCUAUUGCAUAAUGUUUAACAGGUUAAUAUUUUGCUCGUCGCCCAGACCAAAAUUGUCAUAAAACAUAAUAAUUAUGUAAGUUUGGCUGUCAGGACAGGCAAUCUCGCGAAGGCACAAAAAAGACUUAGAAUGUUAAAGGGACUUGUUCACAGAUGUAUGUAUUUUAAAAUAUCUCAUUUGAUAUGUUUUUUUAUCUAGUCUUAACUGAUGAUAAUAGCCAGAAAAAAAAGUUGAAUAAAAAUUAAUGCCCUCCCGGGAGUCAUACCCCGGAUUUCUAGAAGCAACAGAAAGUGCGCUACCACUGCACUGCGCUUGUUUUUAUGUAAGUAAGCGAAUAAACGCUAUACUAGUACUACACUUAUUUUCUAAAUCAUCGAUGACAAGCGUUGAAAACGGUUCAUUAAAUUACCGAUAUCUUAUGAUAAUUAUUUAUGUAUGAACCAAUUAUUAUGCCCCCCUUCGAAGAAGAGGGGAUAUAUUGUUUUGCACAUGUCGGUCGGUCGGUCCGUUGGUCGGUCGGUCCGUCGGUCCGUCCACCAGAUGGUUUCCGGAUGAUAACUUAAGAACGCUUAGGUCCUAGGAUCAUGAAACUUCAUAGGUACAUUGAUCAUGACUGGCAGAUGACCCCUAUUGAUUUUCAGGUCACUAGGUCAAAGGUCAAGGUCACAGUGACUCGAAAUAGUAAAAUGUUUUCCGGAUGAUAACUCAAGAAUGCUUAGGCCUAGGAUCAUGAAACUUCAUAGGUACAUUGAUCAUGACUGACAGAUGAUUCCCUGUUGAUUUUCAGGUCACUAGGUCAAAGGUCAAGGUCUCAGUGACUCGAAAUAGUAAAAUGGUUUCCGGAUGAUAACUCAAGAAUGCUUACGCCUAGGAUCAUGAAACUUCAUAGGAACAUUGAUCAUGACUGGCUGAUGACCCCUAUUGAUUUUCAGGUCACUAGGUCAAAGGUCAAGGUCACAGUGACAAAAAACGUAUUCACACAAUGGCUGCCACUACAACUGACAGCCCAUAUGGGGGCAUGUAUGUUUUACAAACAGCCCUUGUUUAAACAUUUUCCUAGUCAGCACGUUUUUUUCGAUUGAUUAAAUAUAUAAGUUAAACAAAUUGAACAAGUGCCUUUAGAAUAGCAAGUUUUUUUUUAAGUUGACAUACGACAAUUAUAGCAUUGUAUAAAGUAUUGUUUGAAUGGGGGUUUUCUUGGAAAAAUACCUUUUUUUUUCAAAUUUUACAAAUGCAAUUUUGUCGCUCUUUACAUUCAUGCAAAUUGUAUAAUAUUUUGUUUGAAAAGUUUAAAUUUUGUAAAUGUUUGUUCAUUUCGAAAAAGUAGAAGAGAGCAGAAGUAUGUUAUAACUCGUUAUUACAAAGAUUUAACCGUAUAACAAUAAUUGCCUUUGUAUGUUUCUUGAAAUGUUCAAUAAAUAAAUUAUUCGAGAUUUU